AUGGCUCACUUUGCACAGGUCUUGGCUGCAGUGGGCGACUUUGGUCGCUUCCAGGCCCGGGUAACCAUCCUGAUGGGCAUCCUCAAUUUGCUGUCUGCAUUCUUCGUGUUUAGUCAGGUCUUCAUGGUCCUUGACGAGGCCCACCACUGCUCAGUGUCCUGGGUCAAGAACCACUCUCUGAACCUAAGUGCUGCUGAACAGCUGGCCUUGAGCAUACCCAAUGACACAGCAGGCAGACCUGAGUCCUGCCUCAUGUACCGGCCACCCCCUGUCAAUGCCAGCCUGGAAGAGAUCCUCAGCCACCGCUUCAAUGAGACACAGGCCUGCGACUCAGGCUGGGACUAUCCUGAGAACAGGCCUCCGUCCCUAAAGAACGAGUUUGACCUGGUGUGUGAUCGGGAGAACCUGAAGAGGACCUCACAGUCUGUGUUCAUGGCUGGACUCCUCAUCGGGGCCCUCGUCUUUGGGCCCGUCUGUGACUGGAUUGGCCGAAGACCCUCCCUCCUGGUGCAGCUGCUUCUCUCUGCCACCACAGGUGUGGCCACCGCCUUUGUGCGCAGCUUUGAGCUGUAUAUGGCCCUGUACUUUGUCUUGGCCACUGCUAUCGCUGGAUUUUUACUAACUACCAAUGUCCUCCUUUCAGAAUGGGUGGGGCCGUCCUGGAGAACUCGAGCCAUGGUCCUGGCCCAGAGCAAUAUUGGCUUUGGACUAAUGGUGUUAGCUGGCUUGGCCUAUGGUGUCCGCAACUGGAGACUAUUUCAGAUAAUAGGCACUGCACCAGUCUUCCUGCUCUUCUUCUACUUCUGGGUUUUGCCGGAAUCUCCACGGUGGCUCCUCUCCCAAGGAAGGAUAGAGGAGGCCAAACAACUGGUCCAGAAGGCAGCCUCAGUGAACAGGCGGCCCCUGUCUCCAGAGCUCCUGAGCCAGCUGGUCCCUGAGGAGACAGGGCCCUCAGGGAACACCCUAGAUCUUUUCAGACAUCCUCAACUCAGGAAGGUGACUCUGAUUCUCAUUGCUGUCUGGUUUGUGGACAGUCUGGUGUACUAUGGCCUCGGCCUCCAAGUGGGGGACUUUGGCCUGGACAUCUACCUGACACAGGUGAUAUUCGGAGCAGUGGAGGUGCCCGCCCGCUUUUCCAGCAUCUUCCUGAUGGAGAAGCUGGGUCGCAAGUGGAGCCAGUUAGGUUCUCUGACUCUGGCUGGUGUCAUGUGUGUCGUUAUCAUCUUCAUCCCAGCAGGUACGUCUUCUGCCUUCACCAUAUCCUACGUGUACACGGCUGAGCUCUUCCCCACUGUCGUCAGGCAAACAGGCAUGGGGUUCGUGAGCAUCUUCUCCAGGAUUGGCGGCAUCGUCACACCGCUGGUGAUGCUGCUGGAGCAGUACCACAAGGCGAUCCCCAUGAUCCUCUUUGGCAGCCUCCCCAUCGGGGCAGCACUGCUGUGUGCUCUGCUGCCUGAGACACGGGGCCAGACCCUGAAGGACACCAUCCAGGACUUGGAGCAGGGGUGUCCCCCACGGUCCUAUCUCACAGCAACCCAGAGAAAAGAAAUGGAAGCCACAGGAAGGGCUUCCAAUAUGAGGAUGCCUGUCAUGAACAGUUCAUACUUCUGA